AUGUCACUCAUCGAUCCUAAUCGCGAAAAUGGAUUGAUCCAACCAAGCGAGCCACUGAUAUCGUCCAAGAAUGGCAAUGGCAUUAGUCAUGCCGAUCGGUCGGAACGAAGUGACUCAAAACCGAAAUCAACACCGAAUCCAGAAGAGCAUGCUGGAAUUCUCAGCAGAAUCUUCUUCUGUUUUGUCACCGCCUAUUUUUGGCGAACUCGAAACGCCAAGACGGACGCCGAGAUAAUGCAAGAACCACUGGAAGAACUGAAAUCGGAAAACGCGACCAAUGAUUUGCGAGCUAAUUGGGAAAGGGUCCAUAAGGAAAAUGGGACGUUCUUUAAAGCGGUUAUGCUCACGGUUUGGUUUCGAGUUGCACUCAUGGGAAUUCUGAUGUUGGCGGAAGAGUUGAUUCACCUCAUCCAGCCAGUUCUUAUGGGACGUCUCAUCGAAUAUUUUCUUCCGUCAAGCAAUUUGUCAUUGGAACAAGCGCUAUGGGCCGCAACUGGUGUUGCUGUUACGUCAGUUCUGUCGGCGUUGUUCCAUCAUCCAUAUUUCAACCAACUGCUGAAAAUCGGCCUGAGAACACGUGUUGGUGUCUGCACACUUCUUUUUGAAAAGGCAACGAAACUCAAUGCCACUUCUCUUCAAAAAACGAGCACUGGACAGUUGGUGAACCUACUCUCCACCGACGCUAUCAAAUAUGACUCGUCGUUCAUUUUCAUCCAUUACCUUUGGAUCUGCCCAGUGCUUAUUGUUGCUUAUGGUGUCGUGAUCUACCAAUACCUGGGGCCGGCAACACUUGCUGGUUUUGGCGGCAUGCUGGUCAUUUUCUUCAUUCAAGCGCAUCUUUCAAAAAGGCUUGGAAAUGCUAGGCUCCCAAUCUCGAAAUGUGUUGAUAACCGACUAUCGAUUACUAAUGAAAUAAUCAAUGGAAUUCGUGUCAUCAAGAUGUACACAUGGGAAAAAGCAUUUGGAAAAGUAGUCGAGGAUUGCAGGGAAAAAGAGAUAGAAGUGGUCCGAGGAGCUUCGAUUUGCAGUGCUCUUGUCAUGGGAUUCUUCUAUAGCUCAGGAAAAGUGUCAAUUCUCAUCUCACUUCUGGUAUUUGUAAUGCUCGGUAAUAUGCCGAAUUCCCAAGACGUAUUCGUCGCGAUUGCGUUGUUCAAUUCCAUUCGUCUGCCAUUCUCAUUGUUCUUCCCAUUUUCAAUUCAUCUCCUCCUUGAAACGAAAGCGAUUUCGCAACGCGUUCAGGAUUUUCUUGAGCUUGAUGAGUUUGAUUCCAACGCCAAUGAAACAGAAACCGAAUCGAAGACGCCGCUGGUUUCGACGGAAUUGUAUCCGAUUGAAAAACCAUACAAGAUAAAUAGAAUGGCAACGAGCAAUCCGAAGAUUUCCCUAAAUAACUUGACUACCGUUUGGACGGAAGCGAAUCUCGACACCAAUGAAAAUGCUUCUUAUGCUGUGAAGAAUGUCACAUUUUCGCUUGAAGGCCCACAAUGCGUCGGUGUCGUCGGAAAAGUCGGAUCAGGAAAAUCGUCGCUGGUGUUGUCAAUACUUGCCGAGGCGAAAAUCGACACCGGCAGCCUUGAGAUCAAUGGAAAUUUGGGCUAUUGCGCGCAAGAGCCAUGGUUGUUCACCGGAAGUGUUCGAGACAACAUCCUGUUUGGAAAUGCCUAUGAUAAGGAGAAGUACGCGCGUGUCUGCCAAGUGUGCUCACUUGUACCGGACUUCAAGCAACUUGUGAACGGAGAUCGUACUCCAGUGGGAGAUCGUGGAUCAACUCUUUCGGGAGGCCAACGCGCUCGAGUUGCCUUGGCUCGCGCUCUCUACGCUGACGCCGAUAUUUAUAUUCUCGACGAUCCGUUGUCUGCCGUUGAUGCCAACGUGGGACGAAAAAUCUACAACAAUGUGAUCAAGAAGUAUUUGAAGGACAAAUUAGUGAUCCUUGUGACGCAUCAAGUUCAAUAUUUGGAAGAUUUGAAUACAAUUUUUCUCAUGAAGGAUGGUGAAAUUUUUGCGACCGGACCAAUUUCACAACUAAAGAACGAUCACAAAGAGCUGUUUCACUCAAUGGAAGAAGAGGAAGUGCUGAAGGAAGAGCAGACGGCGCCAAGAAAAUAUUCAAUUUCGUCCGCGCGGAAUCGGACGACAUCUGCGACUAGUGAGCAACGGCAUGUCAGCUUGAUGGAUCUUACCUGUCCGAAAGAUCACGCUGCUCAUAGCAGAUUAUCAAUAUUCGACGACCACGAUGCUUGUGAUUACGAGAUUGACGAAGACCACUCAUCAGGAAGCGUCCCGUAUUCUGUCUAUUUCAAAUAUAUGCAAUCAAUGUGCUCGUCUCGCUUGUCGGCAAUUUGUCUCGUCAUAUUUGUGGUCUUCGUUCAAGUGAUGUUCAAUCUCUCCGACUGGUGGCUUAACAAAUGGGCGACGGCAUCGGAAAGAUGGUCGCAACUAAAUAGAAAUGACACUGACGUCCAUUAUUACGACACGUAUACCAUUUUUGGAUUUGACCUCAAUGUUACAUUCGAUGGCUACUGCUAUUCAUUCACCAUCAUGCUCACCGUUUUGCUGAUAUUCGGAUUGAUCCGAGUCGCUUGGUUCCGAUUAGCUGAAUUGCAUGCCUCAACCCGACUUCAUUCGAUGAUGGUGAAUUCCGUGAUUGAUACCCAUGUCGAAUUCUUUGACAAGAACUCAGUUGGCAGAAUUGUUAAUCGAUUCUCAAAGGAUAUGGGAGUUGUGGAUGACCAACUGGCUUUCGUUUUCUUUGAGUUUGUAAUGGGAUUCCUUUCAUUUUUUGGCUCCGUUGUUGUUAUCAUCUUUUUGAAUCCAUUGGUCUUCUUGGCGACCGUUCCUCUCGCUGUUAUCAUUGCAUUUUUGCGAAAAGUUUAUAUUAGUCGUGCUCGCGAGCUCAAGCGACUUGAAGCGACAACAAGAUCACCAAUGAAUACUCACAUCUCUUCCACAAUGAAUGGUCUUACUACAAUUCGAGCGUUUGGAAAAGAGCCAGACAUGAUUGCGAAAUUCUAUGUGGUGCAAGACAGAAACACGACGGCAACUCACUUGAACUUGAUCGCGUCAAGAUGGUUUGCAGUGAACAUUGAUAUUAUUGUGGCAUUCUUCAUCACCGCGACCGCAUUCAUUUCCGUUCUCAAUGCAGAAAACCUUUCUACCGGCGAGGUUGGCCUCAUGCUGUUUUAUGCGAUCAAUCUCACCGGCUUCUUUUCAUGGAUUAUGCGACAAAGUGCCGAGCUUCAAAACGCCAUGGUGUCGGUUGAGAGAAUUGUCGAGUACACAAAAUUGCCCAAUGAGCAUAACGAUUUUCGGAGCAAAUCGACCAAGGAAAAUCGGGAUAAGCAGCUUGAGGAGCGCGGUUUCCCAAUUUUUGGAAGCAUCACCUUCCUUCACGUCAAUGUCUUUUAUGGAAAUGAGAAGGUCCUUUCCGAUGUCAGCUUUGCAAUCAUGCCCAAGCAAAAGAUUGGAAUUGCCGGACGAACAGGUGCUGGAAAGUCCACAUUGCUCAAAGUGCUUUUCGGAUUAAAGUGCCACACUAGCGGAGCGGUGAAGAUUGAUAACAUUGAUGUUCAAUCGAUGAGCUUGAAAAUUCGUCGAAAAGGAAUGGCAAUUAUCCCACAAGAGCCCGUCAUUUUCAUUGGCACUGUUCGCAUGAAUUUGGAUCCGUUUGAUGAAUAUUCCGAUGAGGUCUUAUGGACGGCAUUGGAACAAUGCGAAUUGAAAACGACAAUUUCGGAAAUGGGUGGCCUUUCAGCACAAAUGCAGGAAGGUGGCUCAAAUCUGUCGGUUGGACAAAGGCAAUUGGUAUGCCUCGCGCGCGCAUUGAUCCAUCGUGCCAAGAUCAUCGUAAUCGAUGAAGCCACUGCCAAUGUGGAUGCCGCCACCGAUGCCGUCAUCCAGAAGACGAUUCGUGAAAAAUUCAGCAACUCCACUGUCCUUAUCAUUGCUCAUCGCCUGAACACAAUUAUGGAGUGUGACAAAGUCAUGGUCUUCGAGAACGGCCAUCUACUUGAGUUCAACUUCCCAAAAAAUUUGAUGAAUGACACGACUUCUGCCCUCUAUCAGCUUGCAUUGCAGUCGGGCGCCGAAAACGUUGAAGCUCUCCGUCAAGCGGCAAUUGCUGCAUAUGAUAGAAUAUAA